GUCACUCUUUCAACAUCAUCCAAACAAUGGCUGCACGACGCCAGUCGUCGACAACCUCCCUAUCAAAAUAUGCCCGUGUAAACUCCCCUGACCUCUCGAACCGCUCGCUUGACUUCUGCAACGCGUUCUGGGGUGCUGCUGAUGGCGGUGUUGACGUUCUCUUCGCUCGCAUGCGCGGUGCGGCACGAACCAUCGACGAACUCCGUGCUUUUUGGAAGGAACGAGCAGCGAUAGAGGAGGAGUAUGCGAAACGCUUGUCGAAACUUGCAAAGCAACCGCUCGGGCGGGAUGAGAUUGGGGAGCUCAAAAACUCAUUGGAUACAUUGAGAUUAGAGACGGAUAAACAAGCUACUGCACAUGCGCAACUCGCGCACCAGGUACAUACUGAGCUGGAGUCCCCAGCGGGUGCGUUCACCGCCCGACAAGCCCAGUUCAAGCGCGGCGCACAGUCCGUCAUCGAGAAGGCCUUUAAAAAUAAACAGACUCAGGAAUCAUACGUGACGAAGGCACGCGAGAAGUAUGAAGCAGAUUGCAUGCGUAUCAACUCUUACAUGGCACAGUCUACCCUUGUACAGGGUAAGGAUCUUGAGAAGAUUCAACUCAAGCUCGAUCGGGCACGGCAAACCGUAACCGCUAAUGAAAAAGAUUUUGCAAACUUUGCGAGAGCGUUACAGGGUACGGUAGAGAAGUGGGAAAGAGACUGGAAAGCAUUUUGUGACGCAUGUCAGGAUCUCGAAGAGGAGCGAAUAGAGUUUAUGAAGGAUAAUGUUUGGGCUUAUGCUAAUGCCGUCUCGACGGUCUGCGUGUCGGACGAUGAGUCAUGCGAGAAGAUUCGACUCUCUCUUGAACAACUCGAACCAGAUCGUGACAUGGAAAACUUCGUCAGAGACUACGGAACUGGCAAUGAAGUCCCCGAUCCACCAAAGUUCAUCAGCUAUUCGGACCCGGAUGCUGCUAUCGUAGCUUCUUCCCGCCAAGCUCCGCGCUACGCAAGUUAUCCCCGUGUCUCGAACAGACAUCUAUCAAUGGGUGAGGUACUGCGCGCGAUGCCCCAAGACCAGGAGCCGACGGACGCCGGAAUGGCUGGAUUUGGCGCAGGCGGCAGUGGUACUGGCAGAAAUGGCGAUCUUGAACGAUCCAACACGACGGCAACUCAGAGCCGUUCAAUCGCGUCGUCCAGCCCUGUCAAUGGAACAGGAACGAGCGCACCGACAACUCCAUCUACCGUUCUUACAAGUGCUCACACUCGCUCCCAGUCACAAGCAGGCCCAUCUUCCGCUUCUGACCCAUCCACUCAAAAAACGAUGCUUGCCGUGGGAGGCGGUGUGUACGAAGUCUAUCCGGAUCAAGAUCCUCAGAACGUGGUCAAUUCUACUGGACCGAGUUCCGGUACAGGGCCUACAAGUUCUCGCGUUGGUGGAGGUGACGAUCCGCUUCUGAAACAAAUGGCCGAACUACGCAACAGCGCUGCUGCGACUGGGUCUAUUCGUCGCAACAGUGUGAAUGCUCAACGUCCUUCAUCCGCUCAACAGAGCGUUUCGCCCGCGCCAAGUGCAGGAGCGUCAGGUCCUGCUCCGGGUGGUUCUGCAGGUUCUGCACUUGCUGCUCCUGUACCAAAGACUGCGCAACCGGCGAAUCGCGACUACCGGAAUUCCGCCGAGAUGGUUGUAGGUGGUCCACCUCCUGGUUCUCGCCCGACAUCGCCGGCCGGACCGCCCACUGCGGCGCAUAUGAUACCGCCCGCGCAAGUAUCAACAUCCUCAUUACCAGUCGAAGAUGUCGUUUCUUCAUAUGCGCCGGCGCUUCCUGGUGAACGUAGGACCCCAAUUAGCCGUGGGAAUAGUCCUGGAAUCGUUGGACCGUCGCAUGGUCAUAGUCAGAGUCUCGGACAGAACAUUAAUAAUCAACGGCCAAGUCUCGAGCGUCCGAAGAGUCGCGAAGGGUUCGCUGGGAUUGGAUCCGGUGGACGUUCGCCGAGUCCUGGUCCUGCGCCUGGUCCGUCGGGAAGUGCAUAUGUCAAUGGAAGUCAAAAUAAUUAUCGACUUCCGAGUCCUGUUUCGGGACCAGGAGCAGACUUGGGAAUUUCGCUAGAUGCUUCGGGACAGGUUACACAUGAUCGAAUGGCGGAGCAGUAUCGUCAACCUCCUCCACCGGCACAACAACAAGCACUACCUCCUCAGCCGCCUGCUCCUCGCGGUCAAUACGGACCUCUUCAGCGGAACCAGAGUAUGCAUGUAGCUUCUCCUGUCGGCCCGCCCCCGCCUCAGCAACAACCUCCAUAUGGUGGACCUCCUCCCCCACAUGGACAAUAUAUCCCGCAACAACUUCCUUAUGGACAACCUGCUCCACCACCACCAAGUGCCCAAGGUCUCAGUCCUGGCGUGCAGCGCCAACCAUCUUUAUGGUAUCAUCAACAACAACAACAGCAGCAGCAGAUACCUCAACAUCAACAGCCGCCACCACCUCAGCAACAACAGCAACCGCAGUACAUCCCGCCUCCACCUCAACAACAACAGGGGCAACAGCCGAUGAACUCGUAUGCGCCUAACGGUGCGAACCUCCAUCGUGGACCGUCAAUGAACAUGCAUCCGCCACCUGCUCCUGCACAUUCGAAUGGGUUGGGGUAUCAGAAUACUGGGUAUUUUGAUCAGCAUGUAAGGAGGAGUCCGAGUCCUCAGCCUCCACCUGGUAUGGCUGCCCCGACGGGACAAUUCAUCAACGGAAGGCCAAUUCUGUUUUACGUUAAAGCGCUGUACGACUACCAAGCUACGAUUGACGAAGAGUUUGAUUUUACUGCUGGAGAUGUUAUUGCUGUUACGUCGACCCCGGAGGAUGGGUGGUGGACCGGAGAACUGUUGGAUGACUCGCGACGUGUACCGGGUCGGACGGUCUUCCCGAGUAACUUUGUUUGCUUGUUCUGAUUUGAUGUGAUGUGACGACUUUCACAUUUAACCCUCCUCUUAACCCUCAUUUACCUGAAGUUGUCCUCCGCCUUCCUAUUCCCUCCCUGCUCUCUCUAAUUCCAGAUUACCGAGGAGUUGUUUUGUUUUGUUUUGAUUUUUCUCGUGUUUAUAUGAUUGAUGACAGACGUGAGAUGUCAAGUCGGACUCUAUUCAUGCAUGUUAGUCGUUUUUGUGUAUCCAGUUUCCCGAUUUUCCCAUUGUCUUGCUUUUCUUCCUUUCUUUUGGCUUCUGUCUUCAAUAUAUCUUUUAUGUUAAUGUUUUUAUGACAUUACUCAUUUCUCUCCUUCAUCUCUAUUCAUUCAUCUUCGCUUCUUCACUUCACUUUAUUUUGAAGUGUUUGUGUGGAUGCCUUUUUAAGUAGGCAAGUGGUACAGUAACGUUAUGAUAUCCAGCGAUG